AUGGAACAACAUGAUAGCCAUGGAUUGGAUGAUAUUGAAGAAGAUCUUUUGAAUAUCGAUAUUCCAAAAAUGGAUCAUUUGAAUAUGGAUAUUCCAGAAACCGAAGAACAAGAAUAUGCAAAUUUUCCUGGAGUUGAAGGGAGUCAUAUUGCAAAGGCUAUGGUAAGGGGAACUCCAGAGCACGAGUAUGCAAUUUUAGAUGCGUACCGAUACGCGCUUAGGAAGGCAAAUGAAGGAAGCAAGAUGGAAUUGAAGCUUGAUAACUGUGGGAAGUUUCAGUACUUUCUUAUAGCUUAUGAAUCUUGGAGUCAGGGGUUUUUGUUUAUGAGGAAAGUCAUCGCCGUUGAUGGGACAUUUUUGAUAGGAAAGUAUCGUGAAGUGUUGUUGUCUGCCGUAGCACAGGAUUCAGAGAACCAUAUUUUUGGUGUGGCAUUUUGUGUAGUAGACAAGGAGUGUGAUGCCGCAUAUGAAUAUUGUUUUGAACAAUUGUCCAGCAUACACCCCGACAGUGUUGAGUUGUGUAUAAUUUCUGAUAGGCACAUAAGCAUACCAAAUGGGAACUCAAACUUUUACCCUAAGGCUCAUCACAAAUUUUGCAUGAGGCACCUUGCUGAAAAUAUUCGCAAAAUUUUUUAUUGCGGCGAUUUGCUUCACCAUUAUUAUUCUGCAGCUAAGGCAUAUAGGAUUGAUGAGUUAUAA